AAGGCACAUUUUACUCGGCAGGCAGAGGAAAUGCUGCGAGGGAUUCCUGCUUGUACUAUUCCACCACCGCGUUUAGGCUUGCAGCCGGCCCCUCCAAACUCAGCGGGGUUUACUCCCAAGUAGUACCUCUAUCUAUUAUUGCAGCUUUACAAGUCGGGUAGAUAGGAUCGCGCCCUUAGCCUGCACGCGCAACACCCGACAGUAAGCCCUACUUGGCAGCCUCUGCGCAAUUCUACGCGUAUGUCUCCGAAGUCAGUCUCCCUGAGUUCCACAGGAUUUGCUCCGUGUUGAGGACUGCAGCAUCAUCCAGUAACCUGAUAUGCUAGGUUUGCAGCAGUAAACUGACCAGACCAAUCCCCGUGCAUCUCCUUGCGCCGUUUUCUCGUUUCCUCGAUUGAAAGUGGCAUUAUUGUAAUUUUGCUCCCAUUUCCAUGCCAGUCUGGAAAUGUAAAACAAGUUCGCCGUUCACUUCAGCAGUUUUUUCCACGAAUGUGAAGCGCGCUUUUGUGACUGCCGAUCCUCCUCCUCUCUCACACACACAAGAUCCCUUUUAUUUAUUUCCCUGUAAUCUGAGCUAGGUCCCCCCCCCCGCUUUCUAAAUUUCCUGGUGGAUCCGGCUCCUUUAAGAGGCAGAGCUCAGUGCUGGGAACUCGCGUCACUUUUCAACCCAGAAACUCUCCAGAUCAAUGAGCGAAGAAGAGCCGCUUUUCGCAGUUCUGCCUUUCAGUUUCUCUCUUCCAGGAAAGGGAGAAUUCCCACAUUCACGGGGCAGAGAGCGCAAGAGGGGGAAGGGACGGAAUAAGAAGGAACAAACUGCAGCUCUUCGGGAGCACAAAACACUUUUUUUAAAAAAAAAAGAAUCAGAAAAAUCAAAUUCCCGUCCUCUUCUUUUCGUAUCUCAUCAGAACAAAAAAUGCAAAACUGAAGCAUGCAGGGCGCAUCUCCCCAGGCAGAGAUGGGCUGCAAUCCUUGUGGAUUUGUCUUUCUGGAAAGAUGAUCGGAGGAACUUCUUAAAACGCCUGCGGUUGGCUGGGAAAGGAUUUCUGCUGGGGUUGGAGGAAGAGGAAAGGAAAGAGGAAAGGGAAGAAAAAAAAGAAAGACGAGAACUUCCUGGUCUCUUUAUUUCCUCCUCUUCUGAGACAUGUCUGAGGGUCCUGGCCAGUGUUGUAUCAAGCAGGAAAGGAUUUCAUACACCCCUCCCGUGAGUCCUGUACCAACUUAUACUUCCUCGUCAUCACCAUUACAUGCCCCAGUGCCUCGAGCAAUCAGGAUGGAGGAAGAGGCCAUCCGGCUCCCAGCCCACCUGCGCUUGCAGCCCAUUUACUGGAGCAGAGAUGAUGUAGCCCAUUGGCUGAAGUGGGCUGAAAAGGAGUUCUCAUUAAGACCCAUUGACAGCAACACUUUUGAGAUGAAUGGCAAAGCGCUCUUGCUUUUAACCAAAGAGGAUUUUCGAUACAGGUCUCCACAUUCGGGUGAUGUGCUAUAUGAGCUUCUUCAGCAUAUCUUGAAGCAAAGGAAUUCUCAUGUGCUGUUUUCGCCUUUCUUCCAUCCUGGGAACUCUAUCCAUGCUCAGCCAGAUGUCAUGUUACAUCAAAACCAUGAUGAAGACAACUUUGUCCAGAGACCUUCAAGACAAUCAGCUGACACAAUGCACCACAACCCACCUACCAUUGAAUUAUUGCAUCGUUCUAGAUCCCCCAUUGGUGCCAACCACAGGCCUUCCCCAGAACCUGAGCAGCGGUCAUUGAAGUCCCCAUUGGAGAACACUAUCCGUCGCCUCUCACCAGCUGAUAGGCUCUCAGGAAUGAGGCACCACCAGGAGAACAAUAGCCAGGAGUCUUACCCUCUCUCAGUGUCCCCUAUUGAGAAUAACCACUGCCCAACCCCUUCUGAAGUGCUUCAGAAGCCUUCCAGUCCCCGCCAGGAAAACACAAGGGUGAUUCAGCUGAUGCCCAGCCCCAUCAUGCACCCCUUGAUACUGAACCCCAGGCACUCUGUGGAUUUCAAAGCCUCCAGAUUGUCGGAAGAUGGGAUGCACAGAGAGGUCAAACCCAUCAACCUGUCCCAUCGGGAAGAAUUAGCAUACAUGAAUCACAUCAUGGUCUCCGUCUCUCCGCCUGAAGAGCAUGCAAUGCCCAUUGGAAGGAUAGCAGACUGCAGACUCCUUUGGGAUUAUGUCUAUCAGCUGCUGUCAGACAGCCGGUACGAAAACUUCAUCCGAUGGGAGGACAGAGAAUCCAAAAUAUUCCGGAUAGUGGAUCCUAACGGACUGGCCAGGCUGUGGGGAAACCAUAAGAACAGAACAAAUAUGACUUAUGAGAAAAUGUCUAGAGCCCUGCGUCACUAUUAUAAACUAAAUAUUAUCAGAAAGGAGCCAGGACAACGGCUUUUGUUCAGGUUCAUGAAGACUCCAGAUGAGAUUAUGAGUGGUCGCACUGACCGCCUGGAGCAUCUUGAAUCUCAGGAACUGGAUGAGCAAAUAUACCAGGAAGAUGAGUGCUGAAGAAACCAAGUCCCCUGCUUCACUUUGGUCUGUGGAAGAGCAGUCUACAUGGAGGCACAGUCAGAUGGGAAAUGAGACCCCAGGACUUAGCAUUUACUUUGGAGACAGUGCAAGAGCCCAGAGUACCUUAGAAAAAACAAAUCUAUUGGCAAGGUGUUAGCAGCAAGACUUGAAAGAGAGAGGGAAAAUAUAGCAUCACUGCACUGCUCCUUCUAGAGUCUUCCUCACCCUGGGAUAUUUUUGUUUAGUUUUGUCUUUUGGUUGGUUGGUUUGUUGAGGAUUUUCUUUUCUAAUUAAUAUGCCACUUGGCCUUUUUAAAGCAACGUUUGUAGAGCAAAACAUCAAGUUUUUGCUUAUUCUGAAGGCUUUCCUAUGGAAAUGUAGUGCAACUGUUUUCUGUGCAAAGUUUCACAAGAUGAUUCCAAGAUAGGAACAAAUGGUGACAAAUGCCAUAAAAGAAGUGAGAAAAUGGCUGGAGUUCCUUACAUUAUUUUUAUUCACUCUUGCCACAAAGGUUAAAGAUUCUGGAUGGUGAUCCAUGGUGAAAGGUAUAAGAAAUUGAGAGCCAUGAGUAUCUUGGGUGACCAUUGCGACUUGAAAGUGUCUGCAAAGCACCUCAGUACCACAAGGAGAGAUAAAUGGAAGAGUGCAGUAGGCUUCUCCACAAUUUUUCAACUCAAGGAAGCUUUAAAUGAAAAACAUACUAAUAGGACAGGAUUUUUGCUUGACUGAGUUUGUUGAGCCCUCAUCAGUUUGAAGAGGGUUUUUGUUUUUUUGUGCCAGCCAACAGUCUCUAGGACAGAGGAAAGGUUUGUCAUAAAAAGAGAAGGAAGGGGUUUAAGGCCCUUAAAAUUGCAAAAUUGCAUUUCUAGAAGUUCUAGUUACAGGUAGGUAGCUGUGUUGGUCAGACGCAGUCAAAACAAAAUAAAAAAAUCCUUCCAGUAGCACCUUAGAGACCAACUAAGUUUAUCAUAGGUAUGAGCUUUCGUGUGCAUGCGCACUUCUUCAGAUACACUGAAACAGAAGUCACCAGACCCUUAUAUAUAG